AAACGAAACGCGCCAAAGAAAACACUACAGUAACUAUUACAGAGAAGAAAAAAUAAUAAUAAUUGUGGUAUUUAAAAAAUAAAAUAAGAUAUAAAUAAAUAAAUAAACUAUGUUUAAAUAUUUAAUAAUCCUAACUCUAUUGGUGGUGGCGGUGCUAACACAAGAUGUACCACCACCGGAUUGGGACCUAUCAACUAGACCACCCACAACUCCUGAGCCAAUAACUACCGAAGCACCUACAACAACCACGGAAGUCGCUACAACAACUACCGAAGCCCCUACAACAACUACGGAAGCCGCUACAACAACUACUGAAGCUACUACAACAACUACGGAAGCCGCUACAACAACUACGGAAGCCACUACUACAACUACAGAGGAGCCAACUACAACAACAGAAGAGCCAACUACCACAACUACAGAAGAGCCAACUACAACCCCAGAAACCACAACUACCACUACUACAACCACUUUGGCACCAACUACUACAAAACGAAAUGAUUUUCCAUAUUAUCCAACCACAGAUUCACCCUUUACAAAAACCACAACUCCAGCCCCCAAAUAUCCAUUAUAUCCCAGUUAUCCUGACUAUUCAAGAAGAUGUUACUUUAGAAAACAAUAUGGUUAUCCUCAAGCGAGAUGGACAUGUAAAGGUCUGAAAUAUUUUUAUACCUUUGAAUGUUUAAAAUGUUGUCGCUAUGAAUUUUCUCAGUUUGCUGGUUGCUAUAAAGUCCAUGGCCACUACUGCAAUAUAGUGAAUCAUCAUCAUCAUAAUCAUCAUUAUGGUUUCUACAAGCGAUAAAGCAGAAGUUGUUUUCUUUAAAUCUUAAUCUGUUUAUUUAAUUAAUAAAUAAUUUUAAUAAGAAUUUGUAUUUAUAUACCUAUAAAAAAUAUGCAUGUUUUUUACGAUUGUAUUUAUUUAUAAUUAUUUCGCCGAAAUAGGAAAUUAUAUGGAAAAUAUAUGAUGUAAAUAAAUUACUAAAAAAAAUGAUUAAAUUAUCAUUAUUAUUAGAAAUCAUUUUAGUGCUAAGAAAGAAUGAAAUACUAAUUAGAAAAUGUUCACAAACUGGUUAUAAGAAAUUUCUAUGAAUCAAAAUUAUCAUACAUAUAUGUAAAUAUUUCCUAAACUUUAAAACCUAUACUCUUGCUUACUUUAAAUAUUUUUUGUAUUCCUUCAAAUAUAUUAAUCUGAUGCUUUAAAU